AUGGAUCUUGAAUUAAAACUUUGUAUAACUUCUAAUAGUAGAGAACAAUGUAUUGGAGGUUAUGCGUCUCAAUUUAUAAAUAAUGUUGAACAAAUUAUAAUAAUGAAUUUUUUAACUUUAUCUGCUAAACUUGCUGAUGAAAAAGCUGCUGCCAAAUUUUUCCAAAUAAAAGGAAUAAUUCCCGAAGAAAAAGAAUGUAGCAAGGAACACCAAAUGAAAAUGGAGUUUGGAAAAUAUAUUCGUUGGAGAUGCUACAUUAAAGAAUGUAGAGAAGAAUGCGGAAUAAGAAUUGGAACCUGGUUUCAAGAUACCAGGCUCUCCUUCCCAACAGCUGCCAUAUUUAUUCAUAGCUGGGAGGAACAACGAUCUUCAAUGGACUUCUGCAAGAAGAAGCUUGAAAUGAAUCCUUCUACGACUGUGGAUUAG